CAUCAUUCGAGAAUGGUUGGAAUAUUGGAGUUACGAAUAUCCCUGAGCAAAUUAUUAGAAAUUGUUCAUCUGGCCAUCACGGAACACUUCAGGAUUGUCUUCCUAUGAAUAAUCUUCUAUGGGGAUUUGCUGUGGGAAGUUAUGCACUUGGUGGUCUUAUCGGCAGUCUCUUGGCAGGCCAUUUUCAAGCUCAUUACGGCAGGCGUAACACUUUAAUAUUUAACACGUUAAAUUGGAUAUUUGGAGGGUUAUUGUUAGGAAUUGCCGUGCAUCCUAUGAUGUUCGUGGUGGGACGUGUUCUCACGGGUGUCGGAAGCGGUACUGGAUCAGUGGUUGUUUCGACAUACUUGGGUGAAAUAGCGACUGUAAAAUCACGUGGUGCAUUGGGCACAACGAAUCAACUGUUCAUUGUUAUUGGAAUCCUGGCUUCCCAGCUCUUCGGUCUU